AUGGGGGGAAGUGCAGUUGACGAUGAUUGGGAGUUAUUCGCUACGCCUCUGAGUGAGGUUAGAACCAUAGUUUUGGUCGGGCGAACGGGAAAUGGGAAAAGCGCAACCGGCAAUAGUAUCCUUGGCAGAAGGGCGUUUAGGUCAAUUUCUAGCUUUGCUGGUGUCACCAGUACAUGUGAACUGCAGACAACCAUUCUGGAAGAAGGACAGAUCCUUAAUGUGAUCGACACCCCAGGACUCUUUGAUUUUUCUGCUGAACCCGAGUUUAUUGGAAAGGAAAUUGUUAAGUGCAUCAAUAUGGCCAAGGAUGGUAUACAUGCUGUUCUUGUCGUCCUAUCAGUGAGGUCUCGGUUUUCAAGAGAAGAAGAAGCAGCCGUUCAGAGCUUGCGGAAGUUCUUUGGUGACAAAAUUAGUGAUUAUAUGGUUGUGGUGUUCACUGGCGGUGAUGACCUGGAAGAAAAUGAUGGAACUCUGGAUGAUUACUUGGGUGCCUCUCCUGAGCCUUUGAAGGAAAUUCUGAGGAUGUGCGGGAAUAGGCGUGUUCUGUUCGAUAACAAGACAAAAGAAGCAGGCAAGAAAUCCAAACAACUGAAGCAACUUCUUUCCCUUGUGAAUGCUGUUGUGGAUAAAAAUGGUGGGAAACCUUACACUGAUGAGCUUUUUGUUGAGCUCAAGAAAGGAGCAAUCAAGCUGCGUGACCAAACUGCCGAAGUUAAUGCCAUGGGAGGGUACUCCAAACAGGAAAUAUCCUAUCUAACGGAUCAGUUUCAUAGAUCAUACGAGGAACAGCUUAAGAGGAUAACCGAGAUGGUCGAGUCGAAGCUCAAGGAGACCACACAUAGGCUUGAGAAGCAACUUGCAGAGGAGCAAAAUGCUAGGCUCAAAGCAGAAGCAAUGGCUCAAGCUGCCCAAUCGAAAUCAAACGAUGAAAUUCGCAAACUGAGAGAGCAUUUGGAGAGGGCGCAGAGGGAAACGGAAGAGCUACGUAAGCAGGCUGAAAGUGGCAGAUGUGCUAUUUUGUAA